AUGCUUCUUACGCAUGUCCGCGUCAGAGUCAUCUUCCUGGCGCUGGUUUCGCAAAGCUUCCUUUCGCUCGGCGAGCGCCAGGGCGAAGGAAGGGACUUGGAGGCCCUCCUUAAUGGAGAUGCCGACCGAGCUGAGCUACUGAAGAAGGAUCCAGGUUUCGAAGGCGACGAACCUCUGUUUCUGCUAGCGACCUUCAUGCUCUUAAGAGCUGCUGUGGCACUGCGCAGCCUCCAAGAGGAUUCGCAAGUAUUGAUGUGGCAGGGCAUUGCAUUUGCCUGCUUCACCCGCUGCAUUGCGGGCAGGGGGCUUCCUGGCGCUGACGCUGCGGCUGUCUUCCUCACAGGCCUCCGCGAGUUUCUUCACGUCUACGGCCUCAGGACAGCCCUGAGGCAGCUGUCGCCGACUUGCUCAUGA